AUGACGGGUCACAUGGGCUGCACGCCGUUGGGGCGGCGGUGGCGGCGGCGGGUGAGGGGGUUCCGGCUGAGCUCUGGCAAGUUCUCGGUGCUCCGCCUGCGGCUGAAGCUGGCCAGAUUUUUGGGACUCUUUGGGCGUUGUCUGUUGUUGCUGAGGAGGGGAGUCGGCGGCAGCGGCGGCCACCGUAGGUGGGCGGCGGUGAACGGGCGGCGCGGCGGAGGAGGAAGGCAGCCGGAGUGUGGGGUGAGCUUCUCCGGCCGGUCCAACUCGUUCUAUGCCGACGCCAUUGCCGAGUGCUUGGAGUUCAUCAAGAGGACUUCCGUCUCCGUGGACACCGCCUCCCCCGUCAACUGA